AUGCUGAUGAUGAGCUCAGUGGGACUUAUUCUGUUCUUGCUCUCUCAAUGCACUGUGUCAGUGAGCACUAAAGAGGCAGUGGUCUUGGCUAAUGCCCACCUUCUUCCCCAAAGAGGCUAUGAGAGACUGAGUAAUAGCAAUGAAAAAGACUAUCCAAGAGAUUGUUUUGAGAUUUUUCAGCACUCCAAAGGAAAUUCCAGAGAUGGUCUUUACAUCAUCCAGCCAAAGGAGGACCCAAUUGUAGUCUCGUGUAACAUGCAAGAUGGUGGUUGGACAGUAAUCCAGCACAUUACAGCCAAUAGUACUGUCGACUUUGAUAGGACCUGGCAGGAUUACAAAUAUGGAUUUGGCUCCAUUCAUGACAACCAUUGGUUAGGAAAUGAAUAUAUGCAUCAGUUAACAAGCAGCUCUGUGCGAUAUAUACUUGGAGUUAAGCUUGUAAACCUAAAUGCUGAAAUCAAAUGGGGACAGUAUGAACCAUUCCUUAUUGAAGAUGAAGAGUCUCAAUACCGAAUCAGAGUUGGUCUAUACCAAGGCAAUGCCACUGAUGCUCUCAGCUUGGACACUGAAGCUUAUCUUCAUGACAACCAGAAAUUCACAACCAAAGACAGAGACAAUGACAAUUACUUUCAGAAUUGUGCUAAACUGGAACACAAUGGCAUUCCUGGUGGAGGCUGGUGGUAUGAUGCGUGUGCUGGAGCAAAUCUAAACCGGAGGAAUGUGAUCUACUGGCAAAAGGACUGCAACAAGCAACACAUGUGCAAGUUUGCAUGGAUGAUGAUCAAACCCGUUGAGUAUAGCCUGUCAUAUCCAACCAAGUCCUGUCUGUGUCAGAAAGUUGAACUGUAG